UUAUUGUCCAAAAUACACUCUGAACCCAUUCUUAACUUUUUUGCAGGUGAUGCAUCACAGACGUCACACAGGUGCGGCGUGUUCUGCCUCGGCCCUUUGACCUUCCACAGUCAUGCAGUGGGACAGAUGGUCCGCCUGAGCUGUGGGGGUCGACGCGCAGAGAGGACCGGGAGCACUUUCAAAAACGGUCUGGUGUUCAGCAGCCGCCCAAUGAAGGUCCUGGAGAAGAUUCGUUUGAGGGUGGAGAAAGAUUUGAUCUCGUGGCACGGGGCUCUGCGUGUGGGCUUCACAAACGUGUCGCCCUCAGACAGAACCCUGCCACUGCCUAUGAUGGCCAUUCCCAACCUCAGCGACAGCCCCGGCCACUGGGCUGCUCCCAUACCCGAGAACUGCUGUCAGGAGGGCUCAGAAAUUGAGUUCUGGGUUUCGUGUGGCGGCAGCAUAUAUGUCACAAGCAACAACAGCAAGCCACACAAACUGCUGACAGGAGUGGACCUGAGGCUGCCACUGUGGGCCAUGAUAGACAUCUACGGACAGACAUGCUCCAUUUUACUCCUGGGCUCAGAGAAGAAGAAGCUGAUUUCCACUUCCAGAUCUUGUCCUGCACCCGAACCCCCCACCUCGCCUGAUGUUGACAGCCGUUUGAUAUCUGACGUCUUCACCCUCUGCAGAAAUGAAUACAUCACCUGUCUUGACAAGGACAUCUUAACAGAUGAAUACUGUGUGGUGUGCUUGGGAAGCGAGGCCAGGAUCACCCUGCCCUGUGGUCACCGGUGUCUGUGCAAGCUCUGCACCCCUAAGGUCCUCCAGCAGUUCGGCACCUGCCCGCUGUGUCGACAUUUGAUCAGAGCUCAAGAGAAGGGAGGAUUCGUCUCUGGGACAUCAGGACACCAGCCAGACACUGAGUGAUAAAGAGUGAACUAUGAGUGGCACUUCCUGAAUGUGUCCAUGAAAAUUGUCCUUUGAACCACCCUUUGACUCUUUAUUUCUAAAUAUGUGAAUAUUCUACUGUGAUAUUAUGUAGAUAAUAUAAGAUACUGAUCAUGUAAAAGCUUAAAAAUUAUAAUCUGUAAAUAUAAUAUACAGAGUAUGAUAAUAAUGAACAGUAUG